GUUGAAGAACGAACCCCUCAGCGAUGGUGGAGAAGUUACGAAGAGACUGUCAAAGUGCCCAAUAAAAAUAUAUAUAUAUAUAUACAUAUAACCAGAAGUCCAGGACGCCCAAACAACUUCACAGAGGAACAUAAAGCUUACGUCUUGGGCCUCGUUGGUGACCAUCCUCAGGUUAUUGUUUGUGAUGUAGUUGAAAGUUGGACUAAAUCCUUUGAGGAUUUUUCGCUUACAAGAUCAGCCAUCCAAAAGCACAUGAAUGAAACUUGUAACCUGACAGUCAAAAAA